GUCGGCAGAAACACCAGGAAUACCUGAACAGUAUUUUGCAACAUGCAAAAGAUUUUAAGGAAUACCAUCGGUCUGUGGCCGGGAAGAUCCAGAAGCUUUCCAAAGCGGUGGCAACUUGGCAUGCCAACACCGAAAGGGAGCAGAAGAAGGAGACAGAGCGGAUUGAAAAGGAGAGAAUGCGGAGACUGAUGGCUGAAGACGAAGAGGGCUACAGAAAACUGAUUGACCAGAAGAAAGACAGGCGUUUAGCUUACCUCUUGCAGCAGACUGAUGAGUAUGUGGCCAACCUGACCAACCUGGUUUGGGAGCACAAGCAAGCCCAGGCAGCCAAAGAGAAGAAGAAAAGGAGGAGGAGGAAGAAGAAAGCUGAGGAGAAUGCAGAUGGCGGGGAGUCUGCCUUGGGACCAGAUGGGGAGCCGAUAGAUGAGAGCAGCCAAAUGAGCGACCUCCCUGUCAAAGUGACUCACACGGAAACCGGCAAGGUCCUAUUCGGACCAGAAGCACCCAAAGCAAGUCAACUGGACGCCUGGUUGGAAAUGAAUCCUGGUUACGAAGUUGCCCCUAGAUCUGACAGUGAAGAGAGUGAUUCUGAUUAUGAGGAGGAGGAUGAGGAAGAAGAGUCCAGUAGGCAGGAAACAGAAGAGAAAAUACUUCUGGAUCCAAAUAGUGAAGAAGUUUCUGAGAAGGAUGCUAAGCAGAUCAUUGAGACAGCUAAGCAGGACGUGGAUGAUGAAUACAGCAUGCAGUACAGUGCACGGGGCUCCCAGUCCUACUACACAGUGGCUCACGCCAUCUCGGAGAGGGUGGAGAAGCAGUCCGCCCUCCUCAUUAACGGGACCCUUAAGCAUUACCAGCUCCAGGGCCUGGAAUGGAUGGUCUCCUUGUAUAAUAACAAUUUGAACGGAAUCUUAGCUGAUGAAAUGGGGCUAGGGAAGACCAUACAGACCAUUGCACUCAUCACUUAUCUGAUGGAGCACAAAAGACUCAAUGGCCCCUAUCUCAUCAUUGUUCCCCUUUCGACUCUAUCUAACUGGACAUACGAAUUUGAUAAAUGGGCUCCUUCUGUGGUGAAAAUUUCUUACAAGGGUACCCCUGCUAUGCGUCGCUCUCUUGUCCCUCAGCUACGGAGUGGCAAAUUCAAUGUCCUCUUGACUACUUAUGAGUACAUUAUAAAAGACAAGCACAUUCUUGCAAAGAUUCGGUGGAAAUACAUGAUAGUGGAUGAAGGCCACCGAAUGAAGAAUCACCACUGCAAGCUGACUCAGGUCUUGAACACUCACUAUGUGGCCCCCAGAAGGAUCCUCUUGACGGGGACCCCGCUGCAGAAUAAGCUCCCUGAGCUCUGGGCACUCCUCAACUUCCUCCUCCCCACAAUUUUUAAGAGCUGCAGCACAUUUGAACAGUGGUUUAAUGCUCCAUUUGCCAUGACUGGCGAAAGGGUGGACUUAAAUGAAGAAGAAACUAUACUGAUCAUCAGGCGUCUACAUAAGGUGUUGAGACCAUUUUUACUGAGGAGACUGAAGAAAGAAGUUGAAUCCCAGCUUCCAGAAAAAGUGGAGUACGUGAUCAAGUGCGACAUGUCAGCUCUGCAAAAGAUUCUGUAUCGCCACAUGCAGGCCAAAGGGAUCCUCCUCACAGACGGCUCUGAGAAGGAUAAGAAGGGUAAAGGAGGCGCUAAGACACUUAUGAACACUAUCAUGCAGCUGAGAAAAAUCUGCAAUCACCCAUAUAUGUUUCAGCACAUUGAGGAGUCCUUUGCUGAACACCUGGGCUAUUCGAAUGGGGUCAUCAAUGGGGCUGAGCUGUAUCGGGCCUCAGGAAAGUUUGAGCUACUUGAUCGUAUUCUGCCAAAAUUGAGAGCGACUAAUCACCGAGUGCUGCUUUUCUGCCAGAUGACAUCUCUCAUGACCAUCAUGGAGGACUACUUUGCUUUUCGGAACUUCCUUUACCUGCGCCUUGAUGGCACUACCAAGUCUGAAGACCGUGCUGCUUUGCUGAAGAAAUUCAAUGAACCUGGGUCCCAAUAUUUCAUUUUCUUGUUAAGCACGAGAGCUGGAGGCCUGGGCUUAAAUCUUCAGGCAGCUGAUACAGUGGUCAUCUUUGACAGCGACUGGAAUCCUCAUCAGGAUCUGCAGGCACAAGACCGAGCUCACCGCAUCGGUCAACAGAACGAGGUCCGGGUGCUGAGACUCUGCACUGUGAACAGCGUGGAGGAGAAGAUUCUCGCAGCCGCAAAAUACAAGCUGAAUGUGGAUCAGAAAGUGAUCCAGGCGGGCAUGUUUGAUCAGAAGUCUUCGAGCCACGAGCGGAGGGCAUUUCUGCAGGCCAUACUGGAGCACGAAGAGGAAAAUGAGGAAGAAGACGAAGUACCAGAUGAUGAGACUCUGAACCAAAUGAUUGCUCGACGAGAAGAAGAAUUUGAUCUUUUUAUG